CUGGCCCCGCCCCGCUUCCCUCAGUCCUUUAGCCGCGCAGCGUCUCACCAGAAUGGCGGCUCUUUUGGAAUCUCUUCUGCUGAAGAAAGCGGAUGUUAAUACGGUCUUGGACUGGCUGAAGAAUGUUGAGGAAGUUGAGAGGCUGGCAUUGGGUGAACCCGGGGUGGCCGUUCACAAACAAGAAUUUGUCCCAUUUCUUUUAAACUUUCUGAGAGAGCAGAGCAGCCGAGCACUAACUCAUGGCCCUGCAACGCCGGCCAAGACCCCCAGCCGCCCCAGACCUGCUGCACAGACGCAGGGCUUCACUGACCGGAGGGGUUGCAGGUCUGCUGGUGGCGGAGCUGGUUCCCGGAGUGCCAGCCGGGUCCAGCUGUUUUCUCCUGCCUCCUCUGUCUCACCUGGAUCAGAGUGGGAUGCUUCUGGUCAGUCGGGGUCCCACUGUCUGAGUGGGGUCAAUGCCUUCAGCAGUCCCUCGUUUACUUCAGCAUGGAACACCUCCUCCAGGCCUUCAGGCUCUGAGCGCCGCUCUGGCCAUAGGAUCAGUCUGGGGGACUACAUAAUUUCUCCUUCUGAUCUCCAGCAGAGUCCCACUGUCCAGUCACAGAAGGGCCGCAGGAGAGGCGGUGGCAGCCUGAUAGUGGGGGGACAAGGGAAACACGGAGGAGGGCGUGGAGGACAUCAGAGUGAUGAGAUUGGACGGUGGGAGAGUGGGGGGAGGAGGUCAGGUAGAGGAGGAAACAGUAAGAUAAGCCAACAGGUUUCACCUCCAUCUGUGGACCAGCUCAACUUCAGCAACUUGGAGGACUUCCCUCCUGUUGGGUCAUCACCCAUUUCACCUGCGGCAUCCAAACCAUCUAGAAGAAUAAACCCAACACCAGUCGGUGCUGAGCGGCCACACUCCAAACCAAAGACCUGCUUCACCUCCACCCCAUUCAGUAAACCCUCUACUCCCCCGUUAGUUGCAGAGGCUCUUGAGGGGUCAGUGACAGUAGGCAGUCCUCUGAGUCUUCAGGAAGAGAGGGAGCUACUAAAGAGGGAAAAGACAAAGCGUGCCCAGCAGAUUGGCUCUCCUCUGCCGUCCUCUCUGGACCCUUGCACCCCUACCAAGACUGGGCCUAGGGCGGGGUCUAAAGUUACACCAGAUCUGCAGACACCCUGUCCAGAACCAUCCAAAGUCACCUUCUCUUUGGAACUGGAUCUCCUGGCAGACCUGUACUGUACCUGCAUUUCUGAAAACCUGGUGCCAAACAUUUUCCUGGAGCUUUUCUUUGUGAUGCAGUUGCUAACGUGUCAGUCUCCUCACACUCGUGAUGCUGAUGAACAGGAAAGUUUGUGUGCAGUGAAUUCAGAUGUUCUGGAGAGAUGUUACCUGAGACAAGUACACAACUGUGUGUAUUUUGCAGUGAAAGUUCUGGAGAAUCAGUUUCAGUUAGUAACUCAUUUGGACAAGUGUACCUUGCGUCUGCUGGCAGAGAAUGAAAGGGUGGCGUCUUUCUCUCCGGAUCUCAGGGACCGUCUGACUCAGGCCCAGGACACAAGCACAGCCAGGCUCUCUCCUUCAGUCUCCACUUUCAUCCACUCAGUCUCAUUCCAGCCUUCUACUGACAAUCGGUCCAACUUUGGUAGUGACAAGGCCUACACCAACAUGAUCACACCUACUGAACUGUAA